AUGUGGGAGGUCAGAUCCUUGUCUUUCUGGCGGGCGGUGUUUGCAGAGUUCUAUGGCACCAUGUUCUUUGUAUUCUUUGGGCUAGGGGCAGCCCUCCGCUGGACCACUGAGUCCCAUAAAGUCCUUCAUGUUGCUUUUUGCUUUGGGCUGGCAGCUGCCACCCUCAUCCAGUCCAUCGGCCACAUAAGUGGAGGUCACAUCAACCCAGCCGUUACCUUUGCUUGCCUGAUUGGCUCCCGGAUGUCCCUGUUCCGUGCUUUCUUCUAUAUCAUUGCCCAGUGCCUCGGGGCGCUGGCCGGUGCUGCUGUGCUCUAUGGGGUCACACCAAGCAACAUAAGGGGAAACCUGGCACUCAACACGGUGCAGCCAGGCAUUAGCCUGGGCAUGGCCACCACUAUGGAGGUCUUCCUCACCCUGCAGCUCGUCGUCUGCGUCUUUGCUGUGACUGAUGAGAGGUGCAAUGGGCAACUGGGCUCUGCUGCACUGGCCAUUGGCUUCUCUGUACUCAUGGGCCAUCUUCUCGGGACAGGAAUGAAUCCAGCAAGGUCCUUUGCCCCGGCUGUCCUGGUCAGGAAUUUUAUCAACCACUGGGUGUACUGGGUGGGACCCAUGAUUGGUGGUGCCAUUGGUGCAUUGCUGUAUGACUUUAUGCUGUUCCCCCGUAUGCGCGACCUCUCUGAGAGGUUCGCUACUCUAAAGGGCACCUGGCCCCGAGAGGCUGAGGGUCAGCAGGAGACCAGAGGAGAGCCCGUCGAGCUCAAGACACAGGCCAUAUAAGCCUGGAGGAGAAGAUUGGCUUUCUGACCCUGCCCCU